AUGCAUAUUCGAGAAUCCUGCGUGGAUGAAUCUGAGCCUCUUCGAUCAGUAUUAACACCUGAUUCAGGGGGAUCACGACGUAAACCAGAUUAUGCUCGACGAUGCCUUUUGGUUUUAUUAAUAAAUGCUAUCUUCAUACUCGCAAUAUUCCUCGCAUUCCUGAUAGGGCAAUGGAUUUCAGAUGAAAACGCUCGUCGACGAGCAGAAAAUAAGCCGCUUGUCUUUGACUUGGGGAGCAUUUGGACAUCUGAUUCGCACAUAAUACUUUCAAAUAACUUAACAAAUACUAACAGGAAAUUAGUUAUACCUAAUAUUAUUUCUGAUGCAACGACUUCUUCUCGUGGACUCAUAAGAGAGAAGAUCAUUCCGUUACAAAGAAUAACAAAGCCAUUCUCACUAUUAGAUGUCUAUCCUCCAUCCUCUGAACCUUAUGACUUUCUUGAAGAGCUACAUUCAACUCACUCAGAAGAAGGAAAAGAUUCCCUUUUAAUACCUUUACCUCUUCACAUCCUUCCAACUCAUUACAAUCUCAGACUGGACAUUUCCAAAUUUGCCUUUGACCGUCUCAUAGAAGCCAAUCUCACAAUAACAUUAGAGUCAUUUGGGAAUGCUACAUAUGAUGAGAUCAUUUUCCACAUAGGACCUAAAAUUCAGAUUCAAAACUUGAAAUUUAGAGGGAAAAACGGAAAGAGGGUAUCGGUUAAGAGUGUCAAAAGGGAGAACAAUAAGAAAAUAGCUCGCCUACUGUUGCGGGAAAGAAUUCCAAACGGACAAUAUUUCUUGGAAAUCAAAUACUCGACGAAGAUUUGUGAAAACUCAGAUGAAGAUAUUGAUGGGGUUCGCUGUUUUCUGGACGCUAAAGAGACCAAUCAAACAGAAGUUCUGUCGUUCACAACCAAGUUUGAACCAGCUUUAGCCAGAUCAUUCAUUCCUUCCUGGGAUGAGCCGGGAAUCAAAGCUACUUUCAAUGUUUCUGUUACUCAUGAAGCAAAAUAUACAGUUUUGUCCAAUAUGCCACCAUCAGACUCUUCAAUUCGCAAGUCGGAAGGAGCACUCCCUAGUGAUAUUGUAACGACGACAUUCCUGGAGACACCACCCAUGUCAAUCUAUCUGCUCGCUUUUGCCGUUGGGAUAUUCCAACCAUUUGAAAUGAGAACAGAUCGAAACAUUCCUGUUACCAUCUGGACACACGCAGACGAUUUUCUUUCUGCUCGUUUUGCUGCCAAUUUCUCUCCUCUCAUUUUUGAUAAACACGAAGAAGAGCUAGAAGUUCCCUACCCGAUACCUAAGAUGGAUUUCGUAGCUGCUCGCUCAUUCCCUGUCGGAGGAAUGGAAAACUGGGGUUUAGUCAUAUUUGAUUAUCAAUCACUUCUCCUAGAUCAAGUGCUAGAGGAACACAUAAACAUGACUGUAGACCGUUUAUAUGAAGAAUACAAAAUAGAGAAAAUAAUCACACAUGAGAUCUCCCAUCAAUGGUUUGGUAAUCUUGUGACCAUGGCUGAUUGGAAUGAACUUUGGCUCAAUGAAGGCUUUGCAACUUAUUUCGUUUAUGAUUUAUUGGAUGAAGAUCAUCCACGCUUGACUGAAAAUGAAUAUUUCACGAAGCUGACGCGUUUAGUACGUAAACAGUCUGGAAUGGAGAAAAAAGCUUUAAUCCAGAACAUUCAAACCGAGAAACAAGUAGAGAAAUCAUUCCAUUCAACUCAUUUGUAUGCUAAAGGGAGUGUCAUCGUUAAAAUGAUCAAAGACCUGGUAUCUGAUUAUGACUUUCGGAGUGGAGUUCGCAGAUAUUUGCGGAGGAAUGCUUUUCGAGCUGUCUCCCGUGACGAUUUGUGGGCUUCCCUACCAGCUUAUGCUGAUCAUGGUGCGGAAAAUGAACGAUUGUCUGAUGUCAUGGAAAGUUGGCUUGUGAACGAGGGAUUACCAGUCGUCAUUAUAACGAGGACUUACGAGAGCGAUACAAUUCGUGUUUCUCAACAACAAUCUCGAGAGCAAGAUUUCAAGGUUUUCUUGAAUAGCAAAGAUAUGAGAAACUCUUGGAAUCAUUUUCGUGCUAAGAGAUCAGCACCUCAGGAAUCGUUUGAUGAGAACCUCUUCGAUGACAUACCCGAAAAAUGGUUAGACAAAAUAAAGAAAAGGAAAGAAAACAAAAAAAGGAAAAAGCGUAUUCGGCAGCAGUUCCAAAGAAAUCAUGUGAAAUGGUCUAACUCAAUGGUAGAGAUUCAUCGAGAUGAUCUACGAAAAGCUCGAAAAGUUUCGGAACCGAACGAUUUGUGGUCCAUUCCAUUCAGCUAUAUGUUUGGUUCGAUGAAAAGCACUGAGGGACAGGUUGUUCGCCAGUUUUGGCUCAAGAAUCGAACUCUGUCAUUUACGGAUGUGGAGCUGUCUCCUAGCCAAGCAUUGUUGGCUAACCCUGAAUGGUCUUACCCUUAUAGAGUCAAUUAUGAUUUUACAAAUUGGAAAAUGUUAGCAAGACUGCUUCAUGAAAACCACCACGAAAUUCCUGUAAAAUCACGAAUGCAAUUGAUUGUUGAUGCAGAAACGUUCCUUCUAUAUUCCGAGUUACCUCAUCUGUACUUCUAUCUUCUAAGUUAUCUAUCUGACGAAACAGACCUGGGUGUUGCCUUGAUAGGACUGGACGCGAUACAUCGUUCGGUUGAUAUCUGGAGAGGAUCAUCGAUGAGCAAUUCUCUGUUACUCUAUAUCACGCCAGUUAUCAAUCAGUUUGAUCUACUGUUAUCGGAGAGUCAAGCAGAUGCUGAGUUGGCAGCAUUAUGGUUGAUAGAGCCAACCAGGCUAUCCAAAUUAUAUCAAUUACGAUGUGUUUGCAAUCUGGAAUCGUGUCAACAGGAUGUUCAGGCUCAAAAAUGGCUUUUGUACCCAACUUCAUCACAAGAAGACGUUCAUAAACAAGUUACCGCUGUUUGUCACUUCUUACACAUCAACAAAGCGGAACAACAGAUUGCUUUAUUGGAAGCCUUGUUGAAAACAAGAGGAACGCAAUGGUCAACGGCCGUCCAGCUUGCAGCAUGUGCCCGAGAUGAAAAAAUGGCUCGUUUAGCAGCAAAACAAAUAGUGUCAACAAGAAAUGCUGCGGUCUAUGCUCUGAGUUUACAGUCUGACUUCAGUCUUCAUUACAAUAUGAAAUUUCGAUCAGCCUUAUGGAAUCAGAUUGCUCAGUUAAAUAUAUCUGAAAGAGAGUUGCUAUUCUCAAAUGAUCUGAAUCUAUCAGGGCCAGCCAGUAAGAUUCUCAUUCAUUCAGUAAGAACAUUGGAUGAACUACGCCAGGUUCGAUCGUUGAUUCCCGAAUGGAAAGGAGGAAUCAGUAAACACUUGGAAUAUGUAGAGCUUCAAUUACAAUGGAUGGACCGUCUUUCGAACGGAAUCUUGAGUGAUUUCUUUAACGGAGGAUCAAUGCUUUAG